ACUACUAUUUCUAUUCUGUUUUUAUUUUGCAAUCAAAUCAAAUAAAAGAAAAUUGAAAUGAGAAAAUGUGGGACAAAAAUCCCAUUUGUUUAUUCUAUUCAACAAAAAAUUCUUGCAAUUUCUUAAACCUAAAUCCAUACUACUUUUCUUUCUGCCUGAGAGUGUCUCGCCUGCAUUUUUGUUGACAUCCAAUCCACAAUCCAUCGUUUUCAACUUCAAUGGCUAAAAGGGGCAUGGAAAAAAGAGUCAAAACGACAUGGAAGAUGGUUGAGGAGGACAGAAUUUCGGAACUACCUGAUGCACUCAUCUUACACAUCAUGUCGUUCCUUCCCACUGUGGAUGUCGUUCGGACAUGUCUCAUUUCAAAGCGUUGGAAACUCAUGUGGUAUUCAGUCCCCAAUCUCUCUUUCUCUGAUUAUACUUGUUUGAGUUCACAAGCCCUGAGGAAGUUCUACAAUUAUGUGGACAAUUUUUUGGAACACCGCAAGAGAGGUAUGCAUUUCAUCCCUGAUUCAGUCAUAUCCAGUCUUAAGUUUGAGAUGGAUUACUAUCGAAGAAGCAAGGUUCGCCGCCUAGAUAAGUGGUUAGCUUUUGCAGUUGAGAAUAAAGUCAAGAAAAUUAGUCUUUGCUUGUGGGAAGAUUAUGAUGACCAUGAUAAUGAGCUUGGCUUCUACUGCUUACCUAAAACUGUAGUCAACGCUAGAUAUUUGACUACUUUGGAGUUGACUAGGGUGGAGUUGGGUUCUCGUUACUCAUUUAGUUUUCCAUCUCUCAAGUUAUUGUUGUUGACUUUUGUUCAGCUUGAAGAUUUUGAUGUGGUAGAUAAGCUGUUGUUGGGUUCCCCUUCCCUUGAGAAAUUUGGGUUGAUUUUUUGUAAUUUACUGACUGAUCAUCAGAUCCAAAUACACAGUUCAAGCCUCAAGUUCUUGAACAUCAAUCACAUUGGGGUUGUAGUGGAACGAAUUGAAGCCAUAAAUCUUGAAUCAUUGGAAUUAUAUUCUGUUUCCUUUGACAGAAUAAAUCUAUCUAAGUGCAAGGCAAUUAGAAAUCUCUUACUAGCUUGUGAUUGGGAAACGGAAGAGUCAUCAUCAUUAGAACAUCUCAUUUCAAACCUUCCUCUCCUUGAGGAUUUGACUUUGAGCAACGAGUAUGGGAUGAGUUUGAAGCGCGUUAAAAUCUCGAGUCAACACUUGAAACGAUUCUAUUUGUUUAACUAUUAUGAUGAUUGUGAAAUGGCUGUCAUAAUUGAUUCAACUCCAAAAUUAGAAUCAUUUUGUUAUAAAGGCAAUUUCAAAUUUAGAAUAUCAAUGGUGGAGUCAUCCAACUUGUUGAAUGGAACAUUCAUAAUUCUUAAGCGGCAAGUAAACUAUGAUGCCAAUUGGUUUAUUAAUGUGAUGAAUUUUCUUUUGAAUCUCAAUUGUUCCUGGAAUACCGUAAGCAUUCAUGUUGGUUCAGUUGAGGCUCUUAUCUUGCCAGAAAGCUUGAAGAGGGUAUGUCGUUCUCCUUUGGUUGAUUGGAAACAUUUUAAAGUUUUUACUGAAUCUAAACCCAAGAGGGAAUCAGAAUUGAAAGAUACUUUGCGGUGGAUUUCUCCUUCUUUGAAGACGUUAUCUAUAGGCAAAGGGGCAACUAUUGAAAACUUUUCAACAUAUUAUAGUAAAUGGUGAUUGUGGCUCGAUUGGUGCUCUUAAGAAUGUAUUUACUUUAUAGCUAGUUUAGGAGUAAUGAAUUUGCAUCAGAAUGGGAUUUGUUUUUCUUAUAUUUGCUUGUGAAUGAGUAGAUUGGAUAUUUUAACUUGAAAAUUGUAGAUUUGUUUUUAUAUUUUUAUGCAGUUUUUACACAUCUACAAAACUUGACCUCACUCUGGUAGAACAGCCAACAAGGUAUGUAGUUUACUAUAGCAUGUAAUGGAGUCAAGUGUACUUGAUGGGAACUUCAAACUUCACAAGGAACUUUUAAUAAUUGCUCUUGGAGACAAAGAAAAGCCAUUAUCCAAUAGCAUCAAAGUCAAAGAAGAUAAACAGGGCUACUUGCUAGAGAUACUUUCAAUGCUUGUGUUGUUACAAGCUUAUCUAAUCCUGGGUUCUUGACAAAUUUGAAGGCACUAUUUCCAGUUCUGUAUUGUAAUUUAAAUGAGCUAGUUUGUUAAUUUCUUGCUGUGUGAUUUGAAUGGUUCAGCUCAAUCAAAUGGAAAUGUGGUGAGAAGCAUAUAAGAUUGCCUAGGAGGAACUAUGGGUAUGGAGAUUUGUUGGAACUUAUAUUAUAUAUGAGUAUGAAUUAUUAAAAAAUAGAAAAUGUGAUUGAAUUCCUAGAGGAAGAGUUCCACAUUGGUUUAGAAUACUCUCUUGUAAGGGUAUAUAGAGUGUGGACUUCAAUCUUGGGGUUGUGCCCCAAGGGGUACCCACUUUUGUAGGAGAGGGAGGAGUCACACAAAGGCUCACCUGACCACCAAGCGCGCCCGCCGCCGUCCGUCCAACCUGAUUUUUCAGGAAUCCAACUGCCAUGCUUCUCCCACGUUUUUAUAAAACGUUGGAGGUCCGAUCACAGUUAAGACUGAGCUGUUUUAUCCUGGGGACGACGGGGCUGAUAGUCUGCUUGCACGAAUUCUGGACAGUGUCGCGAACGUCUUAAAGAGAGCGACCUAGUCCGCGACUCAACCCAGACAAUCAUUCGGUAAUUUCGUUCCUUUUUAUUUCUGCAACUAACUUUAUACAACAAGAUUGAUUAGGAUAUCCCAUUGUAAUAAGUUAAUGUUUGUUUCAAGAUUUUCUGUUGUGUACUCUUCCAAGCUCUAGCAGUAUAAUCCAACUUAAUGUUUGUGAAA